AUUUAAUCGCUUUGUAUUACUUCCACAUUCCAGCAUUCACUCCACACACAUGCAAUUGUUUUGAGCUUCAUACCUCAGUGCACGCCAAUGAGCUGAGAUAAUUUUCAUACCUACACAUCAAAAAACACGAAAAGCGGAAAAUAUAUAUGAGCUUAGAUGUAUGCGGAAGGUUUCAUGGGAACCUGACAAAACGGGCCAAUACGAUCAUACACUCAGCCCAAUAUGGAAGUGUAUGACGACAGGCCAGUGAGUGUCUACGACAAUUUAAAAACACCGCCGACUGGCAUACACACAAGCACACCGAAAGCAGUGAAAAGUGUUAAUACAGUAGCAGCGCCAACUGCGUCACCAUUACCACCAUUAACAGCACGCGGUGCAGCAACAAAACCAACAGAAACUAACGCAGCGAAUAGAGCAACAAGCUCACCCAUUUACGCCGAGAUUGCAUUCAAGUUUAAUGACAAUAAACAGCUAACAAAUCGAGAGUCACAACAACCGCUUUUACAGCAGCAAUCAACGCUUCCGUGCUUAAGUCAGCCGGCAAAGCAAUCGGUGGCGACGUCAAACUUCACUGACCAGACAACACCAACACUGCGAUUUGCAAUAAAUACAACACCAGUAUUAAACAGCGGCAGCAAUAACAACUACCACACUAACAGCAAUAAUCAUCGAUCAACAACACAAGCGCACGGGAACACGUCAAUUGCAAUGCCAGCUCUAACGCCAAUUGCAACUACGGCCACGCCAACGGCGCCGGCUGCAGCAGCGGCUCGGAAUGCAAGUGCAGCACAGAGACCGCUUAGUCAGCACUCGCAAUCGGAACUUAACGAAGCCAGUCAGAGUAUAGCCGCGGUGAAAGCAGCAUUAAAUGAUGCUAAAUCGAAAUUUUUUGGCUUAAACGGCUAUGCUACUCAAGACCACCAACACACUAAUACGCCUCAGAACAAUAGUAACAGCUUGGUGCACACCCCCAAUAUAAAGAACAAAACAAACGAAUCUCGGUUAAAGGAACAAACCUCCACGCCUCAUCUACUCAUCGACAGACAAUUUCCAAAAGUACAAAUCGUGACAACAGCCCCCACACCGCCACCAAAGAGCCAGCCCAAAUAUCAGAACAUACCGGCGAAUAGCGCCAUAUUUCGCAGAAACGAAGCUGCACCACCUGAACUGCCGCCUAAACCAGUCGAUGCGAUUGCAACACCGUCAAGAAUGACCGCCACAACACCGCCCACUCAACCUGACGGCGUCGUUUCAACAACACCCAACUCGGCUGUGUUUUCAUCAAACUCUGCACAUUCAACGACACCAUCGCCACCGCCAACGUCUCCGCUAGAUGCUGGCAAGAUAUCGUUGUCAUCUACACAUGCCGCCUACAAACACAUACCGUUAAAUGACAUUGACACCACGCAGCCAUCACAAGCCGUCUACAUGUCCACGACAGUACCGCAGAAUAUAAAAGGUAGUAAAAUCGCCGGACGCCACACUCCAACAAGAAAUAGUUUAAGGCACAGUCGCAUGCUAGUUGUAAAUAACAAAUCAUAUCCAGCUUCUCAGCAUCCAAAUCCAUUGAAUUUUAAAUAUCCGAAUCUUGCCCGCUGGUUGCUCAUACUGGAAAUAUUAGUUGGUCUACUAAUAUCAUUCUUAGCAAUAUGGAUAUUCUGCUUGGCACCCAAUACGGCCAUACAAUAUAAUCCCUACUGGAGCGGCUUGGUGCUCCUGCUUGCUGGCAUUCUUGGACUUGUGCUUGUACGCUUUCAGCGUAUAAAACGCCACAAAGUGCGCGAGAAUUGUUUUAAAUUUUUACGCACCGAUUCAUAUUUGCUAGCGCUCUUGGCCGUCUUGCUUUGCUGUGUGGCAUUCUUUUGUGCUGGCCUACAUUAUGCGCGCCUUAGCGCCAGCGAUACACACUGCGCGCCCACAAACAUUCUGUUGGAGCAAGGAUCCUGCACGUGCACCUUUAACGUGAAUGAGGAAGUAACGCUGCCACCGCCAGCGAAUGACAGUGCGUCACAGGUGGCGAAUGGCUUGCUGGACGAAGAAGUGAUGCCGGAAAAUUUCAGUGACCAAAGCUAUAAAGUGGAAUAUCGGUAAGUGAUUGGAAAUAAUUCAAUAUCGUGUGAAA